CAAGAUGGCAAACGAAAAAUGUAAUGCCCCUUUUGUAAGUUUGACAAGAGUGAACACCAAAUAACCAGAAACACCUGCAGAUAAGAGCUGGAAUACCUUCUGUGGGUAUUUAUGGGUAGGGGGUUGGACAUUUGCACAAAUAUAGAGUUAGAGGUUGAAAUAGUGAGGACAUCCUCAGAACAUUGAUACAAAAUGGAUAAGAAAAGAGAGGGAACCUUGGCUAUUGUAUUGCUGGCUUUAAUUCAUGGUGUUCUGGCCUCUGGUGCUGUGGAGGUCCAGCCCUCCAUCAACCCUGCUGUUGUCGGGGGCACAGUGACACUGUCUCUUUCUCCUUCUGCAACUCUGAAUAGUGGAAGCUGGGCAGUGGGAGAGUCCCUCAUCCUCACCUGGCUGGGGGACCAGCAGGCAGUUUUCCCCAGUCACACCGGCAGGGCGUCAGUCAACGUCCUCACUGGAGCUCUCACUCUGAUCUCUGUCAAGGUGGCUGAUUCAGGAGUCUACAUAGUGCAGAGCACUAACCCACAGCUUAAGGCCAAUGUUUCCAUCACUGUUCUGGAGCCCGUUUCAAAUGCGACACUAAGGACGACUCAAACCAACCUGAUGGAGUUCAACAGUUCAGCAGUCAUUACGUGCUCCGUCUCCUCUGGAUCCUCCGUCUCUUUCCUCUGGAUGAACCACAGCUCUGAGGUUACAGCCAUGGACAGAGUUCAGCUCACUGAUGGGAACUCCACUCUCACUAUAGUUAAUGUGACUCGCUAUGACCAGGGUCCGUUCAGGUGUCAUGUGUUCAAUCCUGUCAGUAAUGCCACCAGUGAUCCUGUAAACUUUACCAUCAGCUAUGGUCCAGAUAACAUGGCCAUAACAGUGAAUGGACAGAAUACAACUUCCUUUACAAUUGGAUCCAACUUGACCAUGCUCUGUUCAGCACAGUCCAAUCCUCCAGCUCAGCUUCAGUGGGCUUACAGAGGAGAGCUUGUGAACACUACAGGUCCAUUGCUGGAGCUAUUCAGUGUUAGCGAGGAUCAAAGUGGUCCAUAUUCCUGUCUGGCCUUCAACAAUCGCACCGACAUGAACAGCACUAUCACCACACACAUCAUGAUAGCAAAGUCAGGAUCUGAACAACAGGCAGUCAGUGUGUGGCUCCUGCCUCUGCUCUUAUUGUUUGGAUUCCUCUUCUAAUUGCCAGGCAAAUGUUGGUGGCUCAUCCAGUCCACAGACUCCGAUUCAAUGAAAUAAAUCGGAUACAGUGAACCUUUAAGAAGUGUUCAACACAGCAUUAAAAACCAUUUCUUCAAUUUUGAAAAAAUAAAAAUUAUUUCAAGCAAACGUGA